UGUAAACAAUUGACGAUCACAUGACACCGUGAACGAACCUGCAGAAGUCGUUGAAUUUGAAGAUCAUCAAGAUGGACGCAAAAAUUGUAUUAUUAGUGAAAUUUAUCAUUCUGUUCUUACUGUAUAUCAGCCCGACGAAGGCCCAAGAAUUCCCACCGUUUACUGAGGACUGUCGUACUGAUGCCUACCCACCACCGGUCAACACCAAGGUUGGGACUUAUGUUCUGAAUCUGGACCAAGCACCAGAAGACAGAUGGACUGGACUCGUCAAACCAAUGGCAGACAAGAUGAAAAUAAUGAUUCAAGACAUCAAGGAUUUGGUUGGAAUCUUCGUCAAUGAGACAAAGGCUAUAAAUCUGGUGGAUGAACUUUUAGCUCCUCUUACUGAUACCUUUCCUGAACCAUACCAAGGAGAGCUCAGAGGUAUUGCUAAUGCUACAGGUAUCCCACUAGGUGAAGUUGUUCUCUAUAAUAUAUUCUAUGAAGUCUUCACUGUGUGCACUUCAUUAGUAGCCCAGGAUAAAACAGGAGAUUUAUUUCAUGCCAGGAAUUUGGACUUUGGACUCUUCCUUGGCUGGGAUGUGAAGAACCAAACCUGGGCCUUGACAGAGCGUCUACGACCCUUGAUCAUCAACGUAGAAUAUCAGCAGGGAGGAAAGACGGUUGCCAAGGGGGUUCACUUUGCCGGUUAUAUAGGAGUCAUCACCGGCAUGAAACCCGGUGUUCUGUCACUGUCCAUGAAUGAGAGAUUCCAGCUUGACGGAGGUUUCAUUGGUAUUAUUGAGUGGAUCAUUGGUCAGCGUGAUGGUCAGUGGAUGGGGUUCGUGCUCCGGGAUGCAGUCGUCAAGGCAACAGACUUUAAUUCAACCCUGCAAUACCUGACAUCAGUUGAUUUGCUUGCUCCUGGUUACAUCAUUCUUGGUGGAAACUCAUCUGGAGAGGGCGCUAUCAUUACAAGAUCUAUUGGCACAAAGGCAGAUAAUGUCAAAAUGUUGGACCCUGCUCAUGGCACGUGGUAUCUUGUGGAAACAAAUUAUGACAACUGGAAGAACCCACCUUUCUUUGAUGACAGAAGAGCACCAGCCACAAAAUGCAUGAACACAAUGAGUCAAGCAAAUGUGGGAAUAAAAGGAAUUUUCAAUGUACUUUCCACCAAACCUGUCAGAAAUCUUUUAACAACCUACACAGCGAUGAUGCAUGUAAGAAACGGAACGUUGGACACCUAUCUGCAAUACUGCCCUCAACCAUGCUUCCCCUGGUAAACUAUCAUGAUGGAUGAGAAUUAACGGACAAGUCCACCCCCCAAAAAUGUUGAUUUGAAUAAAUAGAGAAAAAUCAAACUAGCAUAACACUGAAAAUUUUAUCAAAAUCGGAUGUAAAAUAAGAAAGUUAUGACAUUUUAAAGUUUCGCUUAUUUUUCACAAAACAGUGAUAUGCACAACUCAGUGACAUGCAAAUGAGUCAGUCGAUGAUGUCUAUCACUCACUAUUUCUUUUGUUUUCUAUUGUUUGAAUUAUACAAUAUUUCAUUUUUUACAGAUUUGACCAUAGGGACCGACUUGACUGAACCAUAUAGUAUUAAACAAUGCUAAUAGGGAGGAAUUAAUCAAUUUUUCACUUGACAAUGAAGAGAAAAUGAGAAUAUUUCAUAUUUCAUAUAAUAAAAUACAAAAGAAAUAGUGAGUGGAUGACGUCAUCAGUCUCCUCAUUUGCAUACUGACCAGGAUGUGCAUAUAACUGUUUUGUGAAAUUAAGUGAAAUUUUAAAAUGUCAUAACUUUCUUAUUUUACAUCCGAUUUUGAUGAAAUUUUCAGUGUUACGCUUGUUGGAUUUUUCUCUUUUUAUUCAAAUAAAUUUUUUGUUGGGGUGGACUUGUCCUUUAACGUAAUUUGAAAUACACUCUUUAUCAAGAAGCAUUGCACACACCAAAGAAAAAGAUAUUGACUUAUUUUCAAUUUAUUUGAUGUUUGAAACCAUUUUAUUCAUGAGGAGUGAAUUUCCUGCAUGUAUUAUUUCUUGCAAAACCACAAUCAGUCAGGUAUAACGAUUGUAGUGUCAUAAAUGAUUAUGUUACACUAGAAUCACAUUUAAAUCCUUGUUGUGUGCAAUAUGACUUAUCAUGACAUAAGUAAGAUUAUUAUGCUCCAGGGAUGCAUACAAUUCUGUCAACAAGAUUGCAAAUUAUGUAAAGCACAUAAUAUGCACACCAAUGCAUAUGCAUUUCUUUAACCCUUCUGUGUAUGAGCAGAAAAUCCCAUCUGUAUAGAAUUUUGUCUUACACUCAAAGUGGCAUGAAAAGUAAUUCCUCAUGCAUAAUCAUGUGCCUUUGAUGCAAUCUUUAUUCUGGAGCAUAAUAUCUACAUUUUGUACGUAAUAGAAUUGUUUUAAUAAGUUAAUAUUACAUCUUGAAGGUUCAUUUUGGACAGUGUCUCGCCUGAGGAGCAUGAAUGGGAUUAAGUACACAUUGUCUGUAUGUGAAACAGUCUGCAAUAUAUAGGUAUUGUUGCAUCAGUACUUAUUAGGCUUACUUACAUAUCUUCAUAUAUUCUUAAUAGAAUAUGAACAGAAAUGGGUUUAUGAUGAAUAUAUGUUAUCUUUAAGUAUGUUAAAUGAUCUUGUCUUUCAAAUUUCACAAAUCUCUGCCACUUGAGCGUUGAUUUUGUAAUGAUCAUGUGAUUUUUCAAUGUGCCAUAGCCUUUAUAUGCCAUUGCAUAGUGUUAACACUAACUAGGUCAGGAUGGGUGUCCCUACCCUCUUCUUAGGGUGCACGAGUUCUAAAGUAGACCUGCCUAGUCAGGGUUAACAUUGAAAUGAAUUCAAAUCAAGUUAAAUUUUGUUCUUUUUAUUACUGUCUUUGUAGUGUUAUCAUGCAAUUUUGUAUACUUCAUAUUUGAAUUGUAUAAUGUGUUUGAAUUUUAGGACUUUGUAGCUGUUUAUGGAAGAAGUGGAUAAUUUGAAUAGAAUUAUGUAUAAUAGCAAGGUCUGUUUGGAAAGGUCUUAUUUGAAAAUAAUAUAUAGCUUUAUGCUAAUGUACUAUUUGUGAAUGAUUUAAUAGUUGAAUUAUUAUUCCUUGUUUCAAUAUUUUUUCACUCGUUCUAUUACAGACAUACAAGGAAAUUAAUUUAAUCCCUCAGAUAUUUUCUUUGACAUGUAGAGAUUAUUUGAUUGUUUUUUUACAUAAGGUUUUGGCAAAUAUCGAGUUUCAAAUUAUUGGUACAUAUAGUUUUAUGCUGUCUCACCCAUCAAUAUCCAUAAGCUGUAUGGAGUUUGUUGUGCGCUGCCACUCGCACGGCAUUGGGGCAAAGGAAAGGUACCCGAAGUACAAAAUUAACAGUACAUGGGGCCGUACUGGAUUGUAACUUUAAAAAUCUAGCCCCAAGGAAGCUGCUUUUGUGGAUUAAGGCAACAAGUAAAGCAGUGAAUAUUAAAGCAUAAUUCUGAAGUCUGUAUAUUAUCACUCAUACCUUGUAAUCGAUGGGUCCUGGUUUGAAUCAGUACUAAUCUCUGUAUCUUUCAAUCCACAGCUUAAACAUAUAACAAAAAAACACAGAGGUAAAUCUUUCAAACUAAAUAUCUCAUGAUCAUUGUUUAUCUUAUUCACUCAAUAUUCCACUAUGUUAUUAAAUUUAAGUAAGUUUCUAAGGAUCUGUGUCUUGAAAAUGUUCAUUCUAUUUUAUCAGAAAUUAUUUUAAAGUGAUAAUAUGAUAGAAGGAUACAUUUAAGAAUUUUAACUAUUUUUAUUGUGAUAUUUUCAUGUUGUUUGGUUUUAAAAUGUACAUUAGUUAACUUAUUGAUGUCAGUUAGCUCUGUGAUUAUGAAAAAAAAAAGAAAAAAAGUAUAUAAUAUAUUGAUAGUAUCUAUCUAUAUGAUCACAUAAAUUGCCAUUUGGGAAUGGUAGUUAACAUGACAAUUUUCAUGUUCAAUUGUUAGAUAUGUUUUUAUGAUUAUCCAUAGUGCAAAUCUGAUGUAAUGUAUAAUUGAUAUAUUUUAUCGGAUAAUAUUGAUUAAUAUCCCUGAUAAUCAAUGUAUUAAAUGUUAGUAUGCUUUGGUAAUCAUAUCAUGACUGUCAAUAUUUUGAAUAAUUCAAUUAAAUUGAAACAAUGCUGCAUUGAUGUCCAUUUUUAUGUAUAUCUUUGUCAUAUUGAAGUGCAAGCAAAUUAAACCAGUUUGAUAAUUUUUUAAUUGAA